CCGGGGUUGCCGUUCCGGGGCGCGGAGUGGCGGCCGUCGGCGGAGCGGGCAAGAUGGGGUUCACGGUGGAGAGUCUGAAGGAGGCCAUGAAGUACAUGGUGGAGUCGCAGGGCUUCGACCGGGUGCUCCGCAAGAUGAAACUUCUUUCUGCAACUCCUGGAAAAAUUGUUUGUGAAAUGAAAGUAGAGGAGGAGCAUACAAACAGAGGUGGUACGUUACAUGGAGGUUUGACAGCCACACUUGUGGAUGUGGUGUCGACAGCAGCGUUGCUGUACACGGAAAGAGCAGUGCCUGGGGUCAGUGUGGACAUGAACAUCACAUACACUUCUGCUGCUAAGAUUGGAGAAGAGAUACUGAUUACAGCUCAGAUUCUGAAGCAAGGAAGAAAUAUUGCAUUUGCCAGUGUGGAUUUAACAAAUAAAGCAACUGGAAAGUUAAUUGCACAAGGUAGACACACAAAGUAUAUAGGAAGUUAAGAAAGUAAUUUAAAAAAUAAUAAUGCUGGGCUUAAGAACCCCAUAUCAAAUUAAUUUCUCAUUUAUGUAUUAAGACAUCAUCUGCACAAAGUUCUGAUAGUCUAUAUAAAGUGAAUUUGUCUCACUCACAUAAUAAAUGAACAAAUUUGGUAAUUACCACCAGAAUUGUUACAAGCCUAAAAUUAGUGCCUAUUUCGGGAUGAACAACAGAGUGCGAAAGCAUGGGGAUGCAUCUGGCUUUUUUUGGACAAGAUAGCAGAAGAGAGGAGCCUUUGGACCAGCCAUAUGGUUUACCAGCACGACUGUAUUUUAAGAGAUCGUUCCUUUGCCUGUGGUGUUGUCAUAUGACAAAGCAACCCUGUCUUCAGGGCUGUCACCGUCACAUUCAAACACCAGUAUGUAUGCUUACAAACUAAACUACUUGUUCUGUAAGAUAGUAGUACAGAGUACCUAUAAUAUAAUAUCAAAACUGGUUUGAAAGUAUAAAGCAGGCUAAUACAAAAUGUAGUUUACCAAUGCUGUAACAAAUUCAGAAAUAUUCAAUAAAGCCUUUUGAAACUA